AUGACGAAUCCAAGAUCUCGAGGCCGAAUAAGAGAUGCUGGAUCCCAGGAGAAUGAGAUCCUUUCUCCAGAUUUACUUUCAGUUGACCAAAUCACUGAUUUGCUAGCAGCAGAUCCAAAUGGAGUUCAACAAAAAUUGGAAGAGUUUUUGAAAUUCAAAAAUCUUCAAACUUGUUUAAAGGAAGCAAUUCUAUUAGAUUAUUAUGUAUCUGGAUUUUUGUGGGCUAAAGGAAUGGAGUUUUCUGUUAUUCAAUACUCAAAAUUUAUGACUUUGCUAGAUACGUUACUUCAUAAUCUUAAAACACUGCACAUGUCCUUAGAAGACAGCAUAAAAUGGCUGGGAGAAGUUAUGGCUGAAAUAGGACCCUCUCAUUUAGGAAAAAAUGAGGAAUGGAGCAUCUUUGAUGUAACACAAGCCAAUGCUAUCAUUGAUUACUUAAAAAUCAGCUUAUUUCAACACUACAAGCUGUAUGAAUUUCUGUUCUAUUCUACCAGGGAAGAAAUUGUGAUAGGAACUGAGCAAGUGGUAGAAGUCGCAAAGGCUGCAGAUAGUCCUUUCCCAGAUCCUCUGGAAGAAGGAAUUUCAUUUGAUAUUUACUCAACAUUCAUUAUGCCACCCCCAACAUCAGUUACAGAACUGAAGAGUCUGGAUCAAGAACAAGGCCCUGAGGAGAACCAGCCGGAAACUGAUGCAUCAGACAUGGACCCUUUAGUUGGAUUCACCAUUGAAGAUAUCAGAUCAGUGCUGAGUCAAGUCACAGAUGAUGUUCUAAUCAGCAUUCAGACUGAGAUAAACGAAAAGCUGCAAAUACAGGAAGAGGCCUUUAAUGCACGAAUAGAAAAAUUGAAAAAGGCCUGAGGACUCAGUGCAAGGAGAGUGACGCUAAACUUCACGGAAACAAACAAAACCAGCCAGAAUAAUAGACUCUCUAGAGCUGCGUAUCUCCUUCAUUUAGCUGUGAAAGGAAACCAAGCCCUACUUUUAUUAUCCUAACUAAUUAGAGAAGUAUGGGCCCCAAUUUUGCUAUCUCCCAUCCCAUAACAGCCUCUGAAUUUAUUGUACAGAGUAUAAUAAGAACAUUUUGUAUACAAGAGUGUGGAGAAUUAUAUAUAAAAAUACAAUUACUUUUACGAUACACCUUUGACAUUUUGACUAAUAAACGCUAUUCAUCUUCAA